ACAAACAAAAACAAUACAAUAAAGAUACCUGGAAUUAGAAAGAAACUAGAAAAAAAAGAGAAGAGAUACAGGAUACAGGUACAGAGAAACCAACAAACAUCACAACUCACAUCACAUGCACAAGCCAUCGCAUUGUCUUGUCAAACAAAAAGGCUCGAAACCGGUCUGAAGUAAGCAAAAAGACGCAAAUAAUGGCAGAACCAGGACCAGACGGAUUAUACAGUGUGUGUGUGCAAAAUGCUGAAGACUGUUCGGAUGAUGAGCUCCAUGAAAUAUUCGAGGAGUUUGGUUGUGUUGCGAGACUCCAUAGAGUAAACGCCUUAGUUUUUGUGCGCUACUCUACUGCUGAUGAAGCUAAUAACUGUGUAGAGUCAAUGAGAAACCAGCAACGGUUCAGAGUAAACUAUGGGAAAAAGAAGAGGAACGAUGGAAAUUAUGGAAGACAUGUGCAACGAGGCUCAUAUCAGCAAUACUCUAAUGGAGACCAGGAUACUGACGCACCUAAAUCAAGGUUCGGAGAGAUGAACAGGAACGACAGCGGGAGCGGGUUUGGCAGGAGACCCAACAACUUCAACCAGCAGAGACCAGACCGCAGAAAUGAUGGCGGCGGAGACGGAGGUUUUGCUGGUGCGAGUAGGCCUUCAGCUAGAAGACCUCCUAAACUGGUACCAUUCCCAGCACCACAGCCUGCUGAAAAUGCUCCUCCCACAUCAGCGAAGGUAGCAGUAAUCGGGAACCAUCACCCUAAGUUCGGUCAGAACAACAUCUAUGAUCUUUGCAAGUUGGCGAAAGUUAACCCGCUACAUGUAGCCAUGAAAAACUAUGAUAGGCCACCGUACCCAAAGCUGCAUUUCGCUGUGGUGUACGUAAGGAACCAAGAAGAGGUCGAUAACAUAGUCAGCUCACUAAAAGGCUUACAACUGAAUGGUUAUACGCUGAUUGUGGGAUCAGCAGACGAGUUGUUGGAAGAAGGAAAAUUGUUAAAACGAAGUAAUUAAGUCAUAAGUACAAAAAAACUGAUGGUGUUUUCCCAGUUUUCGGUUUUCGUAAAUACCAAACAGGGUUCCUAAUCAAACAAAGUGAUUGUUUCAAAGUAUGAUGUUUCAAAUUAGAAUAUACACCUUGAUUUGAAAAUGCAUUUGUUAAAAUCAGAUUCCUUUGCAAAAAUAUGUAGGUAUUAGUGAUGGUCGAAAACCAGAAAUCUCGAAUCUCAAAACGUAAACGCAAAACUUGUUUGCUUAGCUUUUACAAAAGCCGAAGUUACAAAAAAUACAGGUAAUCAUUAAAUUUACAGGCAAUAACUAAAUUUUAAUUAUGUAAUCAAAACUGAAAGAGAUUGACUCCUUACCCUGACAUAAUAACAUAUAAAUGUGACUGAUAAACUUGCAACCCAAAACAACAUAUUUUUUAAAAAACAACCAACAUACAAAUAAAUUAAAAUCCUGACACCAACAUAAACAUGCAAAUUAAAUCAAUUAAAACAUUUAGUGGUCAAUAUUUCUUUGUGUUUCUGUCUAGUUAAUAUUGUUAUGAAACUGAAUUGUAUGUCAUUCCAGUUAUAGUAUUUAAAAUGCCUUUUGAAGUUCAGAAUAUAAUUAACUUGUUUCAUUACUGUGGUGAUCUGUUUGCUCUAUUGCUACCAUCUUGCGUGAAAAUACUGCCAAAAUCCUCAAUUUCAAAACUUUUGAUUGAAUCUCGAAACUGAAACUUUUCCAAAGUUUUUAUGGUUUUGAGAUUUGAGAUUCGGUUUUGACACAUCACUUAGUAGGUAUUCUGCUUUCACAACUUGCCUACUUCAAUGAUUGUACAAGUGUUCUCUCGUUGUUUGUUAUUACUUAUUGUAAGAUAAUUUAGUGUUAUUUUUAAGAACUGAGUAAUAUUAGCCCUUAUUGCAGUAUUUUUAGGUUUCUACCUCUAUAAAAGUAAGGUAUAUUUGAUUUAUUUGACUAAACUCUGUUAAACUACAAAGUUAACAAACUCUUUUUAAGUAAAAUUACUUCUUGUAUAUCUUAAAUUUUCAUUUCAUAUGGUCAUUUAAAUAUUAAACUGUAUUAGUGAUGAAAGAAACCAUCGAUUUAAGUUACAGGUGCAGUUUUGAAUUUUUAUAGAAUAGUGAAAAUAGAUUAAACUGUUUUUUGCCGUUUAAGAAAAAACAUUAUCUAUGGAUGAUAUAAGCUACAGGUGCUGAUGUGUGUUUUAUAACAGUGUUAAACUUUUCCCUGUUAAAUAUAAAAUUUUCUACGUUUAUUUA